AUGUCACAAUUUUUAGAUAAACUUCGUAACGAUAUUUCAAAACUUUAUGAAAAAGCAGAUGAUUAUAAUGUUUUAAUAGAAAUCGGUGAAGGAUCAGAUAAAAAAACUUUUAAAGCUCAUUCAGUAAUAUUACGUUCAAGAUGUAAUUUUUUUCAUGUAGCUUUAUCAAAUGAUUGGCGUAGACGAGAUACCGAGAAUUCUGAAAUGAUGAGUUUUAAAAAACCAAAUAUUUCCCCGAAAGUUUUCGAAAUAAUUUUAAAAGAAACAAAAGACCUUUUGGGACUUUUACAAGCACUUGACGAACUUGGAUUAGAAGAACUCUUUGAAUAUAUUCAAGAUUUCUUCAUUAAGAUAUCAAAAUUAAUUCCAUUAAUUAGAUUCACUGAUAUUUCAAUACCUGAAUUUGAUGAAUAUGUAAGACCUUAUGAUUCAACUCUUCCUAAAGUUUUACAAUCAACUCCUUGGAGAUAUACUUUUACAAGAUCACAGUUGGAUAACGUACCUUUAUCUUUGAUCCCAAGAAAACCACCUUAUCAUAUUGACUCUCUAAUAAUUGGACCAAAAGAAGCUUCCUUAAUCGCAAAUUGGAUAGAUCCUAUGGAAGGGAAAUCAGUUAAUGGUAGAAUUCAAUUUGUUAGUAGAGUUCAACAAAGAUGUCGAAAAUUUGCGAUAUAUGAUGGCGUAAAGUUUGGUCCAUCUUUUGGUAAAGGUGAUUUGGAAUUUUCAUGUGAAGAAAGCCCAAAUGAAGGAUUUUGUAGACAAAAUUGUUAUGGUGAUUCUAUAAGAACAACAAAAGAUAAGUUUUUAAUAGAAGAAAUGGAAGUCUUUAAAGUUAUUAAAUCAAGAAAGCUUGAUUAA